AUGUGUCAGAGACAGCGGCGCAGGCGCAGGCUGGGCGGGCGGCGCUGCGUGGGCGCGCGUUUGUUUACGCAGCCGCAGUCAGCGCCGCGCCGAGCCGAGCGCUGCCACUCGCGCACACCCUAUAUUCAUUUCGCGCGGGCAGGUGCGCGCGUCGAGAGAGAUGCGGCGAGCGAGCCCAGCGCCCCCAACGGCAUGGAGCGUCGCCGCCCCGCGCGACUCGACCUCGCUGACUCCAUGACCAAGACUGUUCGCCGCCGAGAUAAACCGCGCGAGCGAUGGCUGCUCACGCGUAAGACAUGGAAGUACAUGUCAGAUGCCGGCCGCCGGCUUAUACCGGAUGGCACGCAAAAUCGUGCGGAAGACGUGCCGCGCAUCGAGGCAUACUUCCAAGAGGUUUGCCAGCGCGAGCCACGGUUCCUUCUGUGGCGGAAAAGUUCUUACCCGGGAGUGCUACCGCGCCCGCGACGCAAGAAGAGAGCGCGGGGCGGAUCGGUCCGAGCGCGCUCGCCAUCCGAUGACGCACCGCCGCCGCCCGUGAGGCCCACCGAACUCUAUAUACCCCACACUUCAGGUGGACGCUUUGAUAUUGCAAAGCUCCGGCGAGAUUUUUUCGCGGCCCCACCGCCUUCUCCGUCCUCCUCUGGUCUACCGUCAUCAUCGUUCAAUACUCCAUUAAAAAACUCUUCCCCGCGGUCGGUACCUGCGGAAGAUGAUGACGGAGUGUUAGUUGAUUUACUACGCAAGUACCUGAAAAUAGACGACGAUAAGAGUGCGCCGAAGCUUACAGAAUCUGAGGAGCUUUUGCAAGCAUUGAGAAAUUAUCUCAAGCGACAAUCAGAGCGUGGUCCCACUGAUUCUGAUGGUGACCCCGCGCAAAGAAUUUUGCGUGAGAACCUCGGCAGGUAUUACAAUAGAUCGCCAAAUAGAGACAGUACAGUGCAGGAUUUAUUAAAUGAUAGGAAUUUGUUAAAAAAACUUUAUCAUGAUCUUCGUAAAACGAAGCCAUAUCGCGGUGGUAGGAGCGGUGGUGGUUCCGGUGGUUUCACGCCCUCCGGUGGGUACAGUGCAAGUAAUUCACGUAGCGUGUUUCGAGGUCGAAAUUUUGGUAGUUCAAAGUUUAACGAUGAGGACCAUUCACAAUCGCCACCGAUGUCACCUCCCCCUCUUAUUGAGGUUUGUGGUGAAUCAUUGGAAGAAAAAGGUGUCGAUGUCAGUACGCAAACUAUUCCUAUUCCAGAAGAAUUGUUACUGGAGUUGGAACGUGCGUACAAAGAAAAAAUAGAAGCAGCAACGGUUCCAACGAGCCCUACGAGUCCUCCUCCGGAGAGGCGGCCGAGGCGCCGGUCCAGCGUGGACCAUGACGACGUAUCUCAAUCAGUCAGUGAUACUAUAAAGCGGUAUUUAAGAAUGGCGCGGAAAAAGAGUGUAGAUUCUGAAAAGACUGAUCGAUUCAAGCGCAUUAAUUACGAUAAGAACCUUCGUAACAUAAAGCCUCGUCAGCCCGGCGAAGUGGAUGAUGACGGGCCUCAUAAAGGCUGUCAAACUGAAGAUUCUUGGAUUUUAAACUAUAGAGACUUACAGUUUGCUUCAGUGGUAUCAACGCCAACGUCUCCUCCAUCGCCGACUCAGUCGCACUCGUUUCUGUCCACCCUAUUGGGUAGAAGUGCAACCCCUGUGACAUCUCCGACAGGUGGCAUGCAGAAGUCGCGGUCGUCGAGCAGUGUGGUGCAGAGCGUCAGCAGGCGGCUGUGGCGCACCCGAAGCCGGUCUUCUAGCCGCGUCGCAGCCGCCUGGACUCCUCAGGGCAGUUGUUGCUGGACAGACGGCAGCGGGCGGUGCGUGCAGCUGGCUGACACUUCCCUGCUCACUCUCACCGAGAUAGAGAGGAGGGCGUUGCAGCAAGCGGCUCUGGCCAGGCUGCAGCAACUCAACUUGGGGACUACUAUUAAGAUACCUGAGGAUAAUGCUACAGCGGUCGCAACGAAGCCGAAGAGACGAGCGUACUUGCUUAAAAGGAAAGCGCUAACUACGGGUUUCUUUGACCAGAGCCGUGCAAAGGAUGGCGAUAAGGAAAAAGAACCUACGGGGAGCAUAUUCGGCGUGCCUCUAUCUCAGUGUGUAGAGACUGAACGAGCUCUGCGCAAGCACGGUGGUUCCAGAGCCUCUCUAGCAUCGCUUGGAGCACUCGAAAAGGGUGAUGAUAGCGAAUCCUGUGAUUCCGGUGAAUGGGGCUGGUCUGGUUUAGAAGAAGGAGGGAGUGGUCCUAAAGUACCAGCAUUGGUAUCCGCGUGUUUAACGCAUUUGAGAAGACACGGUCUUCGCACAUUAGGUCUUUUCAGAGUGUCGUCCUCUAAAAAGAGGGUUAGACAGCUCAGAGAAGAAUGGGAGCGAGGACAGGAAGCAGCGCUAGAUUCGGCGGUCUGUCCGCACGAUGUUGCUACCUUACUUAAGGAGUUUCUACGUGAUUUGCCCGAUCCCUUGCUUUGCAGGGACUUGUAUCCAGCUUUUUUGAAUACACAAAAAAUCCGUAACCGUCGUCUUCAAUGGGAAGCUCUACGUUUAAUCGUACAGUUGCUCCCGGCGGCUCACCGAGAUACUCUCAACGCGCUGCUUUCCUUCCUCUCCCAGCUGGCCCAGAACGCUGAAGAUGGUCAGCAACCCGGCAACAAGAUGGAUGCUGCUAACUUAGCAACUAUCUUCGCUCCAAAUAUCCUUCACCGGAAUAAACCUAAUGAGACCGCUAGCGCGGAGCAGCUGUCGGAGCGCGCGGACGUGAUCAACGUGGUGCGGCAGCUGGUGGAGCGCCACGCCGAGCUGUGGGCGCUGCCGGCCGAGCUGCUGCACGAGGCCUACCUGCACCUCGCGCACAGCGCGCCCGCGCGCCUCGACGCGCUGCUGCUGCGCCGCGCCGAAUGCGCAUCAGAAUGUCCAAACACAAACUCAGAGAGCAAGCGGCUGUGGUCGCGCGAGAGCUUCCUGCACGCGGCCGCCAACACCGCUGCUACGCCCAGGAUCGAUAGAGGCCGGCGUUCCCGCGCCGCCUCCGACACCUCAUCCGCUUCUCUCGCUUCCACCAUCACAUUCCUCACGAGAGUACGUAGUAGUGAAGAGCGAGCUAGUAGCGGUAUAGUGAGCUCACCGCCGAGAGACUCCGCGCCGGACUCCAAUGACUCUGCUAGCGACUAUAAUGAGGGUUGCAACAUAUCAGAGGACGAAUGCGUGAUCACAGCAUCACUCCACAUCCCGAUGGUGCGAGCGCGGAGACGCUCCUCCUCCUCAUCAUCAGCACUCAGGGACUCCGCCGUGGGUUCCUCGGCGGCGUCGCCCUCGCCCGCCGACAGUGCGUCGCCGCCCGCCACGCCCCCGCCGCGCCCGGCCCGCCACGCUGACCGACACGCAGACCGACAAGACCGACAUGCAGAGCGCCAGCUGGACCGGCAAGACCGACAAGGGGAGCGGCAAGACCGACAGGCAGAGAGACAAGACCGACACGCGGAGCGGCAAGACCGACACGCGGAGCGACAAGACCGACACGCGGAGCGACAAGACCGACAGGUGGAGCGACAAGACCGACAGCCGGAGAGACAAGACCGACAAGUGGAGCGACAAGACCGACACGCGGAGCGACAGGCUGACCGACAAGAGCGUCAGGCGGACCGACAUCCAGAUAUAGAUAGACUUGUGGGUUUCGGCAGGGAGCGAAACACAUCCGACGCCCGCGCGGUUGUCGUACGACAACACGACGAGACCACAGUCUCUACCCGCAUCUCCGCCCGCCGGCAAGACGUCCGACAAGAGGAGAGGAGAGAAGUGCGGAGAGAGGAGAGGAGAGAAGAAAGAAGAGAAGAAAGGAAGGAAGAGAGAAGAGAAGGCAUAUUGUUAUACAAGAGAAACGAGUUGAUAUCCAGCGCACGGCCGCCG